CCCCUUCUUCUGCGACAACUCCUCCUCCUCCGCUCCUUCAUCCUUAGACUUGAGUAAUUCUGGAUGACUGGGAAUGUUGGCUUUUCUCUCUCUGUCUCUUCUCUCUCUCUCCCUCUGUCGAUGACAGUCGACCUGUCGUGUUCUUUGAAGGCACGCGCUCAACCAGAAGCUCAACGUUCUUGCUUUCAAACCUCAACGCGCUUGUCAAUUUGCUCGCCCAGUGAAUUGCUUUAAAAGAAAUUGUAAGUUAAUUUAUUUUUCAUUCACUGUUCGUGUGUGUGUGUUCAAGUAAAUUAUAUCGUAAAUUAUUAUUUUAUUACCAAACUACUGAUAAAGGGAACAAAAGUCGACGCGACGAGAAGUCGAGGCCGUGUUUGGUGAAGACAACUUCACACGGGAGUCCACUUCGGGUCAAGAGAGUGAGGAGGUCGGGCAAGAAGCGUUUCCGAGGCAACAGAGCGGCGGACAUUUUCGUCGUCGCCCGCACACCCACGGAGGAGGCCGGAAGAUGGGGCGGAAAAAGAUACAGAUCGCCCGGAUAACGGACGAGCGCAACCGACAGGUGACGUUCACGAAGCGUAAGUUCGGGCUGAUGAAGAAGGCCUACGAGCUGAGCGUGCUGUGCGACUGCGAGAUCGCGCUGAUCAUCUUCAACAGCGCCAACAAGCUCUUCCAGUACGCGAGCACCGACAUGGACAAGGUGCUGCUCAAGUACACCGAGUACAACGAGCCGCACGAGAGCCGCACCAACUCCGACAUUAUCGAGACCUUGAAAAAAAAGGGGCUGAACGGCUUUGAUAGCCCGGACUCUGACCCGGAAGACAAUCUCGGCAGCUCUAAUCGGAAGGAGCAGCGAGGCGGGGAAGACAGUCCCGAGCCCGACGUCUCUUAUGUUUUAACCCCGCGCACGGAGGAAAAGUAUAAAAAAAUUGACGAGGAGUUCGAUAAUAUGAUGCGGAAUCACAGGUUGGCGCCCUCGAGCGUGCCGCCAGGCACAGGCAGUUUCCAGCUGCCGGUGGCCGUGCCGCUGUCUAACCCCGGCAACACGCUGGUGUACGGCAGCCCCGGGGGCACGCUGGCACAGCACGGGGGGGGGCCAAUGCUGCCGCCCCCGCAGGCCGUCAGCCUGCAGAGGAACACCGUGUCUCCCGGUGUUCAGCAGCGCCCGCCCAGCGCCGGCAACCCUGGAGGCAUGCUGGGGGCAGAACUCGUCUCAGGCUCUGGUGCAGGCGCCAGUCCCAUAGGUAACGGAUACGCAGCUGCGGUGGCAGCCUCGCGGGCAUCGCCGGUGCUCAUGGGGUCCCCGGGAUCGGGCUCCGGAUCCGGAGGGAUGAGCCGAUCCAUGGCCGCAAAGUCUCCGCCGCCGCCCUCACAGGGACAAGCUGGAGGACAGCAGCAGCAGCAGCAACAACAGCAGCAACAGCAGCAGCAACAGCAGCAGCAACAACAGCAGCAGCAGCAGCGCAAUAAGCCAGACCUGCGUGUUGUCAUCCCGUCCAACAGCAAGGGCAUGAUGCCCACUCUGAACCAGCGACUGAACAGCUCACAGGUGACCCAGUCCCUGGCCACUCCGGUGGUUUCCGUAGCAACGCCCAGCAUACCUCCACAGGCGCUCUCGGGGUAUCCGUCCGCCAUGCCCACGGCCUACAACACAGACUACUCCCUCGCAGAGCUGACCGCUCUGACGGGUCUCAACUCGCCCGGCACCCUCCACCUGGGCUCCGUCACGUGGCAGCAGCAGCAGCUGCACAACAUCCCGCAGAGCAUGCUCAACCAGCUUCUGAUGAACCCGAGCAGCGGAGGGCUGACGGUGAACACCAACAUGAGCGUGAGCGUCAAGUCGGAGCCCGUGUCGCCCCCCAAGGGCGGCGUCGUCUCAUCGGCCAUGUUCCUGGUGGCGGGCGGCGCGCAGGGAGGCAGCGGCGGGGGUCCCGGCGACCCCACAGGCGCCACGUCGCGAUCCCCGGGGCCCGGCGCCACCGGCGACAGCCUCAGCAGCUCGGGCAGCUCGUACGACGGGGGCAGCGAUCGCGAGGAUCUUCGCAACGUCGGCGGCGGCGGGGGCGGGGGCGGCGGAGGGGGCGGAGAGUUCAUGGGCUCGCACCACGCUGGGCACCACGCGGGGCACCACGGCGUCGGCAUGCUGCGCUCAUCGCCGGACCCCGGAGACGCUCAGGCGGCCAAGCGCCUGCGCAUAGACGGCUGGCCGCCGCGAUAAGGAGCUGCGACGCGCGGGCGACGCGCGCCGAUAGUCCCAUGAAACGAAACUAAAUAAUUAUAUAUACGUACACACACACACAUAUAUAUGAGGUUAAGGAGAGAAUACACUUUACUAAAUUCGUCGUACAUUUUUUUUCUUUCGUUUUCAAAACUCGCCAUUUCAACGUUGUUUUUUUCCUCUCUCUUUUUCCUGCACCUCUCUCUACCCCCCAGGGUUUGUUGAGAUGAAAAUUACGCAGUACAAAUCCACCAGUAUUUAGCGGUGUUCCGUGGUCUCCAGUUUUUUGUUGUUGAUGGAACACUUUAGUGCUAACGCUUGUACUUUUAAUUUUCGUUUAUGACAUGAACAUUUAAUUUCUUCAGCUCGGUGCUUUUUUUUUUUCCGAAGUUUUUUUUUUGAGCGCACACCCGCGAAACACGAUCUUAAAUUACAGUUAACCUCGUCGACUCUUAAUCGUGUCUCUCUUUUGACCGAUGUUUAUAAACGAAUUGCCAUUGUGGCUUUUUUUAUUUUUUAUUUAAAAGAACACCUUUUUUUUUACACGCAAAACAUUUGCACGUCAUAUCUGGGCUGGACUGCGCGACAGGAACACGUAGAACGAAACGCUUGGCAAGUUUCAGAAAGUAAAGCGGCUCCGGCUGUUGAAACGUUAUUCGGCUGCCUCUCCCGAUCCCAACGCAAGUGAAUUUUAGUUUCCGUGGCAGGAUUCUCUCGAAACUGCCUCCUCGCGAUAUUGUCAAUCAGUACCGAUUGCACUUCUCUUUGCCACUCUGGGCGUGCGGUCACCCCUCGCCCCGCUGUGCUCACAGUUCUCCCCGUUUCCCCUCCUUCCAUAGCCCCCUCCGGCACAGGUGCCCAGCGUCUGCACACUCUCCUUACCCCGCGAUAUAACUUAUCGUCCUCCCAAUGAUAUCGUCCUCCCAAUGACGGUGACGAUCAUGUUGUUGUUGUUGUUGAUGAUGAUGAUAAUGAUGACGGUGGUGACGCCUGUAUCUCAAUCAUGUUUUAGCGUUUUGUUUUGUUUUUUUUGUCUGCGGGUUGGUGUUUGGUGCAGUGCCACGGAGGCUUCUGGGUAAUCGUGACAAUUUAAAAAUGAUACCUUUGUCUGCGACAGCCUCGGCCGGAGCUGUUGUCUGUAGCGACGUCUUGCUUGUAGAUACUAAUAAUCGGAGCGGCGUCGAUAAAAUAGAUAAUAUACUGGUAUCUUCCACGAUAUCGUCUACGAUAAUGUAGUCCGACGCGAUUGUUGUCCAUUGCAGCUGUUAAGCGAAGCGGCUGCAGUAACACCUGCUGCUCACUGGUACACGCAAUAGAUUCGUUUCAGUACAAAAUAACCACAAUGAUUUCUUAAUUAUACUCCCCCCCCCCCCCCCCCCGUUUACAGUCAUCCGUUAAUCGUGCCGGAAGUAAAGGUGCGGUUGUUGUUUUGACUGUGUGGGUCUGUGCAUUAAUGGAUGUUCAAAUUUGGCAGGGUCCUGCUGUACUUGCAGAGUCGGGGUUGUUGUUGUUGUUCGUUUCGCUUUCGUCCGGUGCCCGCAGCACUUAACGCUCCGUAAGCUCUCAGCCAUAGCCGGCGCUGGCGUGGGGGGGGGGGGCCCUCAACGCUCCGCGAGACGACACCGCUCGACUCCCCCGGCGCAGAUCGGAUUCACUCGCACCGCAACGAACAAUGCGUCAGUUUUUACGAGUUUAAGAAAUAUAUAUACGUGAAAUAAAUAAUACAACAUAAUUAACAAUGCACUACAAAUACGCCGUUGUACAGUUUUAGCUAAUGUAUUUCCUAAAAUAAACUGGGUUUUAUUUUGAUUUUUUUUAAAAAGAACUUAUUAUUGUAUCGGUUGUUUAUA